GCCGUUGUUUAACCAGUCAAAAUCCUUUCGUGGUGGCAGAACGUAAGGAAAUCCAACCCCCACCUCCCCUCUCGUGUACAAAUAUGCCAUAAAACCAACAGGUCCCAAAAUCACCAAAAAUUCAAGAACAAAUGUCGACUUCUUCUCAUCAGUUUCUUCUCUUCUUCCUCUGCAUGAUCAUCUCCCUUUCCAUCACAGAUGGGACUGAACUCAUUAUAGCAAACAACUGCAAGGACAGCAUAUGGCCUGGGAUCCUUGGCACUGCAGGGCAUGUCACCCCUAGAGAAGGCGGCUUCCUUCUACUCAGCGGAGAACAAACAGUCCUCCAAGUCCCUGACAAGUGGUCAGGAAGAAUUUGGCCAAGACAAGGUUGCUGUUUUGAUGAAACCACUGGCAGAGGUUCAUGCCAGACCGGAGACUGUGCCGGCCUUUUACAGUGUAGAGGCGUUGGUGGUGUCCCUCCAGCAACUUUAGUGGAAAUGACACUUGGAACUUCAGAAUCCGCCUUGCAUUACUAUGAUGUGAGUUUGGUUGAUGGAUUUAAUGUUCCAGUUUCCAUGAUGCCUGUUGGUGGUGGUGCAGGGUGUGGAAUUGCCGCUUGUGAGACGGAUCUGAAUAUCUGUUGCCCUUCUACAUUGGUUGUGAAGCGACAGGGGAAGGUGGUGGGUUGCAAGAGUGCAUGCUUGGCUGCAAAAACUGAUAGAUAUUGUUGUACUGGGGAGUAUGCAAAUCCUAAGAGUUGCAAGCCUACUGUUUUUAGUCAUCUUUUUAAGGCAAUUUGUCCCAAGGCCUAUAGCUUUGCCUUUGAUGAUGCUUCAGGGCUUAAGACUUGUAAGGCUUCUCGGUAUGUUGUUACCUUUUGUCCUCCUAAUUGAUGGUGAUUUAAGCUCAGGAAUCCAGAGGACGAGAAGCAUUGAUUGACAUGUUAUCUUCAGCCCUCUUCUUUUUAUUUUUCACACUUGCUUGAUUUCUAGUUAUGUAUGGCAAUUAUAAGCUAGCUUAACGAGAAAACACGGUGUGGAUUUCACUUGAUGGGGACUGAUCUACUGAUUUAAUUUCGAUGUCCUCUCUCUAUUUCCUCUGCC